GUCGUUGUAAUCAUGAGUCAGCAACAACCAAGGAGGGCUCAAGGUAAUGAGCAGCAACAAGAACCCGUCAAGUAUGGAGAUGUAUUUCCAGUAUCAGGUGAGUUAGCAUCAAAACCUAUAGCUCCACGAGAUGCAGCAAUGAUGCAGAGUGCAGAGAGUUCUAUACUAGGUCAAACACAAAAAGGUGGUCCCGCUUCUGUUAUGCAAUCUGCCGCUACCCAAAAUGUAAGAGCUGGUGUUGUUGAUCGUAGUCAAGUUACUGCGGCAGCUGCUGAUCAAGGCGUGACUGUCUCUGAAACUGAUCUUCCAGGUGGUCGUGUUGUAUCUGAAGCAGUUGGAGGACAGGUUGUUGGAAGCUUUGUUCAACCCGGGUCAGCUCAAGGGACGACAGGUAAGGUAGCAUAUGGUGGUAAUGACAUUGACAUUGACAUUGGAGGAGGAAAGAUUACAAUUGGGGAAGCAUUAGAAGCGACUGCACUAACGGCAGGAGAUAAGCCGGUGGAUCAGAGUGAUGCUGCUGCGAUACAAGCAGCAGAAGUUAGGGCAACCGGACGGAACGUAAUAACUCCAGGUGGUGUUGCUGCAGCUGCUCAAGCAGCUGCUACUUAUAACACUCGUGUUGCGAGAGAUGAAGACAAGACUACACUUGGAGAUGUUCUAACUGAUGCGGCUUUGAAGUUGCCAGCAGACAAGGAGGCUACGCCUAGAGAUGCAGAAGGGGUGGUGGGUGCAGAAAUGAGAAACAACCCUAAUCUUGCAACACAUCCUGGUGGUGUGGCUGCCUCCGUUGUUGCUGCUGCUAGGCUCAACCAGAACAAUGACUAGGUUGAUGAAAAUACCCAGAAAUCAGUUUCUAGAGAGAAGGAAAAAAAAA